AUGGAUCGUCAACCAGCCGCCAUAUCCACCAUGGACCACACCUCUCCUCCAUCCGAAGGUACGCAAGCACAACACAAACUCGUCAUCCUGCCCAAGCUGACGUUCAAAUCUGCAGCUCCCGUUUCCCCAUCCGCUCAAGCUGGUGCCGACCGCUGCAUGCGCCACACGAAUAGCUGGACACCAUCGUUCCAGCGCCGACAAAGCUGGAGUCAGGAGGAACGAAAGCAUGAGAUGCACAUGGACAAAAUUGAGCAGGUCAGCACAGGACCUGGAUUCACAGAGAGGGAGGGCUCCUAA